AUGUCCCUGCCCAAAUUCAAGGUCAAGGAGGAGAUGCUGCUCAGUGACGAGUUCCUUCUCGACGCUCUCACUUGGGAGGGUCUCAAUCACCGGUAUCCCGUCCCUCUGCCAGAAGGGGUCGCAGAGUUCGGGCUGUCGCGCAAGUACAUCUGCAGUCUCUACGGCGGAUGUCGUCGAGGGACAUUCAUCAAGCCCGGCGACGAAUGGCUGGGGUGGCACGGGCUCGACGACUGGGUGUACCUCACUAUGGAGUUUGCUCCUCACGCUCCCACAAAGCCAGGACGUUCUGGUCUGUUCUUCGCGUGCAACCGGGCGACGGAGACGUGGCCUCCUGAGAUCAACAAGCCACGCAGACUCUUUGUCCGCCUUGCACAUUCUCAAUGGGUUUACAUGGGACAAUACCGGAUGGCGCCGGGCCUGUCACUCACCGCAGACGCGUGGAAACAACAAAAGGAUCAAGUUCGCCGCACCUGGACGAGGAGCAUCCUCCAUAAACAAUGGGGAUUUCAGAACCUCGCAAGGAUCUGGAUCCGCAAGGAGAAGGGCGUUGACUAA